AUGUCCGCCGGCGCGAUAGUCGAAGUCGAAAUGUCCCUCGGUCGAUCCCCUGUAGCCGGAGAUGAGAAUAGAAGCGUCAGCGUCUCCCUGUCUCGGCCGUCGAUAUCGGGAAAAUUGAAACGCAGUUAUUUCAAUUGGUCCUGGAAUGGGAAGUCUGACGACGAUGAUGUGGUGGUGACCCUUUUCGAUUUAGCCCUCAGAACUUGCUCUUGGGGCGCGCUUGGCGCUUAUCUGCACACCCAAGUGUCAGAUUCAGCCGAAGCGAAGUUUCCUCUACCCUUGAGGAUAUGAUAUAAAAGUGACAAUGAUACUAGUAUUGAUAACAAUACACUUCUGGAAGAGCCCCUCUUGGAUCAUGAUGAGUCAAGUUCUGGAAGAGCUUCACAUGGAUCAUGUUUCGCUCGCCAUUCAUAUGCUGUUGUUUGGAGCAUUUUUUCUUUCUCUUGGAUCAGUUCUCUGAUUGCUCUUGGGUAUAAGAAAGCAUUAGUGAUUGAGGAUGUUCCUCACCUUCGUAAAGGUGACAUUGUUUUCGGGGUAUUCCCAUCACUUAAGGAGAGGAUUGUUGAAUCUGAUCCGGAAACUAUUACAGCUUUCAAGCUUGCCAAGGCAUUGUUCCUCGCAGCUUGGAUCGAGAUUCUGUUCAUAGCUUUUCUGGCCUUGUUGAGCAUGGUAGCGAGCCAUGUUAGUAUCUCUGUCCUGGCCUUUUUCUUUGAAUCUUUUGAUGAGAGAGGGAAAUACAAGCAGUAUUACUUCGCCUCAACGUUUCUGGUUGCAAAGGUCGUGGAGUGCUUGUUACAAAGCCAAGUGCAGUUUAUGCUGCAACGUAUUAAUAUCAGGACGCGUGCAUUGAUGGUCACGAUGAUCUACAACAAGGGCUUGACCCUCUCGUGUCGGUCGAAGAGUGCCCUAACUAGCGGGGAAAUCAUCAAUUUGGUGACAGUGGAUGCAGAGAGAAUUAUCGACUUGAUUGGGUGCUUACAUAGCCUGUGGUUUGGUAGCUUGAGUGUUUUAUCAGCCUUGUUCCUACUACAAAAAAUAUUGGGGUUUGCAUCCAUAUUAACUUUGGCUGCGAUUAUAGUUCUAGUGACGAUCAGUUUCUCUUUGCUAAGAUGCCAAAAGAUUUAUCAGGAAAAGGUGGUGGAGUCGAAACAUGCAAGAAUGAAAGCAACAUCUGAGACGUUGAGGAACAUGAGAGUUCUGAAGCUGCAUGCUUGGGAAAUGAAGUUUCUAAACAAGAUCAUCGGCCUGCGGAAGGUAGAGACUGAAUGGUUAAAAAAAUGUGCUUUUGCUUCUGCUUCGAUUAGUUUUUACUUAUUGACUGCCCCGACUUUUGUUGCUGUGGCUACGUUCACUUUGUAUAUGCAUUAUUAUGGUAUCCCACUAGAUUCAGGGGAGAUGUUAACAAUACUUGCAGUGUUCGAGAAGCUUCAAGCUCCCAUCUAUGAGAUCCCAAACGCCAUUUCCAUGUUGUUUCGGGUGAAUGGUUCGUUUGAUCGAAUCGUAAGCUUCCUCGGUCUUGGAGACUUGCCGGAUGAUGUUGUGAAGAGGCUCCCAAGAGAGGCUUCUGAUACUGCGAUCGAGAUCGUUGAAGGGAGUUUCUCUUGGGAUUCAUCUUCACCAAACCCCCCGACGUUGAGAGAUGUGAAUCUGAAGGUGGACCGUGGCAUGAAGGUUGCUGUUUGUGGUACUGUUGGUUCUGGAAAAUCAAGUUUGCUGUCCUGCAUUCUGGGAGAGGUGCCCAAGAUCUCUGGCUCCGUUGUUCUCUGUGGGACAAAGGCUUAUGUUGCUCAGUCACCUUGGAUACAGAGUGGCAAGAUUCAGGACAACAUUUUGUUUGGACAAGAGAUGGGCAAAGACAAGUACGACCGAGUACUGGAAGCUUGUGCACUGAAGAAAGACCUGGAGAUGUUGUCUUUUGGUGAUCAAACAGAGAUUGGUGAGAGAGGUGUCAAUUUGAGUGAAGGACAAAAGCAGAGGAUGCAGAUUGCUCGUGCGCUCUACCAAGAUGCUGACAUCUACCUGUUUGAUGAUCCUUUCAGUGCUGAGGAUGCCCAUACUGGAUCUCAUUUGUUUAAGGUCAUGAAAGAUGGAAGGAUAACUCAGAGUGGAAAGUACAGUGACAUUUGCCAGAGUUCAAGGCCUGGUUUCGGGGAUCUUUUUGGCGCACAUACUUUGUCAUCGAACGACUCAAAAGCUCUUGAAAGUGUGGUGAGAAGUCUGAGUAAGGAAAUUGGCGAGACGAGCAGCGGCAAGCAGACUGAGCACAAGGAUGGAAACAAGGUUUUGCAGAAUGGUGGGGGCGGGAUAACAGAUCUGGGUCGUCAGCUUGUUCAAGAAGAAGAGAGGGAGAAAGGAGGAGUCGGAUACCAUGUCUACUGGACGUAUCUCAGCACAGCGAGUGGAGCUGUUGUAAUAGUUGCAGAGAUAGUCUUCCACCUGCUCCAGUAUGGCAACAAGAAGUUGCUGGUUUGGGCAACUGGAGCAGUUUUCCAGCAGGACAACCCUCCGUUCGGUGCCUUCAAGCUGAUAGUUGUGUUCCUGUUGUUGAAUAUCUUUGGCUUUGCGUGCGUGGCAGCCAGAUCCAUCGUUCUUGCCGUUAAAGCGUAUGACACUGCGACUCUGCUCUUCAACAAGAUGCACCUGUGUAUUUUCUGUGCUCCCGUGUCCUUUUUGGACUCGAACCCUACUGGGAGAAUUCUUGGCCGUGCAUUGCAGCAAUGUCUAGGAAAUGUUCAAUCAGCCACCUCUUCGAUAAUCGGGCUUCUGGUAGGCAUUGCAGCAAUGUCUCAGGUUGCGUGGCAAGUUCUUUUAGCAUUUAUUCCUUAUAUUGCCAUCAGCUUCUGCUUUCAGAUCCAUGUGAGUAAAUCCUCUGCUAUCAUCUUCAUUUCUGCCAUUACUAUUCAUAUUUCCAGUGAUGUGGAGAACAACAUUGUAGCAGCGGAGCGAAUUCUUCAGUACACUUCUAUUCCCAGUGAGAAUUCUCUUGUAGAUGCAGUAGAACAGAUUCGACCAGGUCCUUCUUGGCCAUCACGAGGACAAGUUGACAUUAGUAGCCUGCAGGUUCGAUAUGCCCCACAUUUGCCACUUGUGUUGAGAGGUCUGACCUGCACAUUUGAAGGAGGAAAGAAAACAGGAAUCGUGGGCAGAACGGGCAGUGGUAAAUCAACCCUUACACAGACACUUUUCAGGAUCGUGGAACCAACAGCAGGGCGGAUUACGAUUGAUGGUGUCAAUAUCUCAUCAAUCGCACUCCAUGAUUUGCGAUCAAGGCUCAGCAUUAUACCUCAAGAUCCAACCAUGUUUGAAGGGACUGUAAGAAGGAACCUGGACCCUCUUGAGGAAUACCGUGAUGAACAGAUUUGGGAGGCUCUGGAUAAGUGCCACCUUGGAGAUGAGGUUAGGAAGAAGGAGAAAAAGCUGGAUUCUGCAGCUACUUCCUCAGUAGAUACAGCCACUGAUAAUCUGAUUCAGCAAACACUUAGACAACGCUUCUUCGAUUGCACAGUUAUCACCAUCGCCCAUCGAAUAACAUCUGUUCUUGAUAGCAACAUGGUUCUUCUUCUCAGUCACGGCUCGAUUGAAGAAUAUGAUACACCAGCAAGAUUGUUGGAGAACAAGUCGUCCUCGUUUGCUCAACUUGUAGCGGAGUACAGUGAGAGUCAACUCCAUGCCUCUUCCCAGAUUCUGCAUUUGGUUUCUGAUGCAGUCUCUGUGUUGGCCGGUCUGUUUCUCUGUUCUGCGGAGUUCUGGAGACAUAGAAUCAGUCACAAUGACAGUGAUAUUGAUGACAGUACACUUCUAGAAGAGCCUUUUCUGGAUCAUGAUGAGUCGAGUUUGGAGCCGAAAAAGUCAACAGGGGACGACAUUGUCACUCCCUAUUCAUGUGCUGGUGUUUGGGGCCUUAUUUCUUUCUCUUGGAUUGGUUCUCUGGUUGCUCUUGGGUAUAAGAAAGCAUUAGAGGUUGAGGAUGUUCCUCAGCUUAAUAAAGAUGACAGUGUCUUUGGGGCAUUCCCGUCUCUUAAGGAGAGGAUUGUUGAAUCUGAUAAGGGCAUUAUUACAACUUUCAAGCUUGUUCUUGGGUAUAAGAAAGCAUUAGAGGUUCAGGAUGUUCCUCAGCUUAAUAGAGAUGACAGUGUCUUCGGAGCAUCCCCAUCUCUUAAGGAGAGCACUAUUACAGCUUCCAAGCUUGCCGAGGCAUUGUUCUUCUCAGUUUGGAAAGAAAUUCUGAUGAUAAUUUGCCUGACCAUUUUGAGCACAGCAACAUAUCUUGUUUCAACUAUCAUGAUUAUUUCCCUUGUACCUGUGGACAAGGAAGGGAGAUUCACGCAUCAAGGGUAUAUCUUCUUCCCCAUACUGUUUCUGGUUGCAAAUGCUGUCGACUGCUUGUCACAAAGCCAAGUGCGAUUUCGGUUGCAAUGCAUUGGUAUUAGGACGCGUGCAUCGCUGGUUACAAUGAUCUACAACAAGAGCUUGACCCUCUCGUAUCAGUCUAAGCUUGCCCAAAGUAGCGGGGAAAUCAUCAAUGUUGUGACAGUGGACGCCGAGAGAAUCAGUGACUUGAUUGGGUACUUGUAUCACCUGUGCUUUGGUUUCUCCUUGCUAAGAUGGCAGAAGACUUAUCAGGAAAGGGUGAGGGAAUCGAAAAAGGAAAGAAUGAAAGCAACAUCUGAGACGUUAAGGAACAUGAGAGUUCUGAAGCUGCAGGCUUGGGAAAUGAAGUUUCUGGACAAGAUCAUUGGCCUGCGGAAGGCAGAGACUGGAUCGUUGAGAAUGUGUGCUUUCUCCUCUGCUUUCAUUAGUUUUUACUACUCGGCUGCCUCGACUUUUGUUGCUGUGGUUACUUUCGCUUUUUUCGACAUGCCAAUAGAUUCUGGGCAGAUGUUAGCAGCACUAAAUUCUUUUUCGAGACUUCAAGUUCCCAUCUAUGAGCUCCCAAAAUCCAUUUCCAUGUUGUAUGAAGUGAAGGUUUCAUUUGGUCGAAUUGUAGGCUACCUUAGACUCCACGACUUGCCGAAUGAUGCUGUAAAGAGGCUUCAAGGAGGGUCUUCUGAUAUUGCUAUUGAGAUCGUUGAAGGGAGUUUCUCUUGGGAUUCAUCUUCACCAAACCCCCCAACGUUGAGAGAUGUAAACCUGAAGGUGUGCCGUGGGAUGAAGGUUGCUGUUUGCGGUGCUGUUGGUUCAGGCAAAUCAAGUUUGCUCUCCUGCAUUCUGGGAGAGGUGCCAAAGAUGUCCGGCUUGGUCGAGCUAUGUGGGACAAAGGCUUAUGUUGAUCAGUCACCUUGGAUCCAGAGUGGUAAGAUUAAAGACAACAUUUUGUUUGGCCAAGAGAUGGACAAAGACAAGUACGACCGAGUACUGGAAGCUUGUGCACUGAAGAAUGACCUCAAGAUCUUUUCAUUUGGUGAUCAAACAGAGAUUGGUGAGAGAGGUGUCAAUUUGAGUGAAGGACAAAAGCAGAGGAUUCAGAUUGCUCGUGCCCUCUACCAAGAUGCAGACAUCUACCUGUUGGAUGAUCCUUUCAGUGCUGAGGAUGCUCAUACUGGAUCGCAUUUGCUUAAGGAAGUUUUGCUUGGUCAUUUGAGCUCCAAAACUGUGGUUUACGUCACUCAUCAAGUUGAAUUCUUAUUCGCCGCAGAUCUAAUUUUGAUCAUGAAAGAUGGAAGGAUAACUCAGAGUGGAAAGUACAGUGAGAUUUGCCAGAGUUCAGGGACUGAUUUCGGGGAAAUUUUUGGUGCACACAAGGUGGCUUUGUCAGCGAUUGACUCGAAACAUUUAGAAACUGCAGUGGGAAGCACGAGUAAGGAAAUUGGCGAGACGAGCAACAGCAACCAGGCUGAGCACAGGAAUGGUGGUGGGAUAACAGAUCAGGGUCAGCUUGUUAAAAAAGAAGAGAGGGGAGUAGGAAGGGUUUGGUUCUCUCUCUACUGGAAGUAUCUCAGCACGGCGUCUGCUGGUGCUAUCGCAGUAGCUGCAGAGUUGGUUUUCCAGCUGCUCCAGUAUGGCAACAAGAAGUUGUUAGCUUGGGCAAGUGGAGUAUCAUCAGAGCAGGAAGAGCCUAUUUACCGUGUGCUCAAGCUGUUCACUGUGUACGUGGUUUUGACUAUCGCGGGCCUCGCAUGCCAGGUAGCCAGAACCACUGUUCUUGCAGUUACAGCGUAUGAAACUGCGACUCGGCUCUUCAACAAGAUGCACCUGUGUAUUUUCAGUGCUCCCAUGGCGUUUCUGGACUCCACCCCUACUGGGAGAAUUCUAGGCCGUGCGUCUACGGAUCAAAGUGACGUUGAUCAGAAAAUUCUAGGCCAAAUUCACACAGCUGCCUCUUCGAUAAUCCAACUUCUGAUAACCAUUGCAGUUAUGUCUCAGGUUGCGUGGCAAGUUUAUCUAGUAAUGAUUCCUUAUAUUGCUAUCGGCUUCUGCUUUCAGCAAUACUACAUAUCAGCAGCACGGCAGCUUUCGCGGCUGGUAGGAGUGUGCAGGGCUCCAGUUAUCCAACAUUUUGCUGAUACAGUUUCUGGAAGGAUAACCAUAAGGAGCUUUGAUCAACAACCAAGAUUCAAAGAGACAGCUAUGAGAGUCACAGAUGUAUAUUCCCGCUGCAAGUUUCAUAACGCUGCCACAACAGAGUGGCUCCGUGUUCGCCUUGAUCUUUUAUCUUCUAUCAUAUGUGCGGUGUCUUCGCUUUUCAUCAUCUACUCGUCCCCUAAAACAGAUCCAUCUGUCACUGUCAUAGCCUUGACAUAUGCAACCAACAUAUACUUCCUUCAAGCAUGGUUGUGGGACAUAAGUGAUGUUGAGAACAGAAUUGUAUCAGUGGAGCGAAUUCUUCAGUACACUUCUAUUCCCAGGGAGAAUUCUCCGGAAGUAGAAGCGAAGCAACCAGAUCCUUCUUGGCCAUCACAAGGACAAGUUGAGAUUAGUAGCCUGCAGGUUCGAUAUGCCGAAAGUUUGCCACUUGUGCUGAGAGGCCUUACCUGCACAUUUGACGGAGGAAAGAAAACAGGAAUUGUUGGCAGAACGGGCAGUGGUAAAUCAACCCUUAUACAGACACUUUUCAGGAUCGUGGACCCAACAGUCGGGCAGAUUAUGAUCGAUGGCGUCGACAUCUCAACAAUUGGAAGCCGUUAUUUGCGUUCAAGGCUCAGCAUCAUACCUCAAGAUCCAACCAUGUUUGAAGGGACUGUAAGAAGCAACCUGGACCCUCUUGGGCAAUACCCUGAUGAACAGAUUUGGGAGGCUCUGGAUAAGUGCCAACUUGGAGAUGAAGUUAGGAAGAAGGAGAAAAAGCUGGAUUCUGCCGUGACUGAGAAUGGAGAGAACUGGAGUAUGGGGCAGAGACAGCUAGUCUGUCUUGGCCGUGUUAUGUUGAAAAAGAGCAAAGUGUUGGUUCUCGAUGAAGCUACUGCCUCAGUAGAUACAGCAACUGAUAAUCUGAUUCAGCAAACACUUAGACAACACUUCUUCGAUUGCACAGUUAUCACCAUAGCCCAUCGAAUAACAUCUGUUCUUGAUAGCGACAUGGUUCUUCUGCUCAGCCACGGCUUGAUUGAAGAAUAUGAUACACCAGCAAGAUUGUUGGAGAACAAGUUGUCCUCGUUUUCUCAACUUGUAGCGGAGUACAGCGAGGGCUCGAAAGAACAGUAUUGACCCAAUCAAAGCUGCUUAAAAGUCCAUCAACUGACAUCAGAUAGCCAUAAGAGUUGCCUGCUGCUGCUGCUGCUGCCUCUGAUGAUGAUGAAAAUUUCAGGAAUGUUGCAUUAAUGGAGGGAAGAGUUUUGGGGGAGUCACGUUUAGGCAUGAGUUUCUUCCUUGCAACAUCUUAGAUGUUGCAGCUGUUAUCUGUAUCCUUAUGAAACACUGAAUAACAUGCUUCAAAGCUAUUUCAGAGUUAUUUCCCUCUCCUUGGUCACCCUGGUGAACCUUGGAGAAACCUGACAGUUUCUGUUGGUCGAACUACACAAAACUUGGCCUAUCUUGGCGGGUAAAGCCCUAAUAUUUUUGGACCGAAACUUCCUGGACGUAAGGAUCAGUCUGGACUAAAUGACUAAAUCCCGGGACUUCUUUGAUCUUUGCGGAAACCAGAAUUCAAG